AUGUCUGGAAAAUUACAGUCAGUCCUGAUUGUGGCGGUCCUUUUCGCCUGCAUGGUACAAGUUAUAAAUGCCCAUGCAUCUCAAGGUGGUCCAGCAGGGGGAACAGCUGGAAGAGGGCCAACAAGAAAAGCACGCAGCGCUGGCUUCGACAUUUUGCCAACCGCAUCGAUUUUGAACAAUAACGAUAAAAACAGGCUUUUGGACUCCAAUGGGGAUUCUUUGAUCAACGCUGACCCGAUUCCCGACUUCAGACAUAAACGGGAGAUACUGCCCACAGCAGUCUUUUAA